AUGUGGCGCUACGCCAACUUCGGCCGCAGGCUCAGCUCGCAGGCAAAAGGCUUCGAGUUUUCCACGCUUGUCAUCUACCACACGCUUCGUGGCGGGCCGCGCUUCCGCCACUUCGGCCACAUCCACACGCUGGUUCACAAGGAAGGCCAUUCUCACACCGGCAUCUUCCGCAAGUCGUUCUGGCCGAUGAACUACCUGUGCGAGUGGUGGAUUGGGCCUUUCUACGGUGUGGUUCCGAACAGCUAUAGCAUCGCCCACAUGAAGAUCCACCACCGGUGGCACAACGACGUCGACGACGUUCACACGAACCUAGACCUGGACCGGACCAAGCUGUCCUCGUUCUUCAUCUACACGCCGCGUUUCAGCUUGUACUGGAUGGGUAUCAGCCCGGUGGCCCUCCUGGCCAAGCGCAAGGAGUGGGUCCUGGUUCGGCAGAUGCUCGAAGGGAUGCUGGCCUACUACGGGGUGACGCUUCUUCUCUUCCUCUGGAGCCCAACCUUUUGCAUCGUCUACUGGGUCUUCUGCCAUCUCGAAGGAAUGCUCCUGCUCUGUGCCAUCUCGUACCUCUGGCAUGCCUUCGUGGAGGAGUCUGAUCCUGGAAACCAGUACGUCAACUCCGUGACGAUCCUCGACGGCCACGACAACACCUUCAACGAGGACUACCACGUCGUGCACCAUCACUCCCCUUCGACGCACUGGUCGGACGCUCCGGCUCACUUCGAGGCGCACAAGGAGGAGUAUGCAGCUGUGAACGCGACCAUCUUCCGCGAUACGGAGGAAGGCAUGCUCAUACAGAUGCUAUUCGAAAAUGACUGGGAUGGCAUGGCCCGGCACUUUGUCCCGACCUCGGCACCCAGUGAGGAGGGCUUCUUGCAGUUUCCGGCGUAG